UCCAGGGCAGGCAGACCUCCUGAGCAGUUUUUACAGUAUCAUCCGCAGCAAUGAGAACCGGCAUGACAAGCACCUAUUCUGGGCGCUCCUUUGUAGGUGGAGGCUUUGGUGGAGGCUCGGUGCGAAAGUCAUAUGCGUCAAGUGUGCAUGGCGGUGCAGGAGGCAGUGGCGCUAGGAUCUCUGUGUCCUCUGGCAGUUUUGGAAUUGGAGGUGGUUCAAGUGGCGGUUAUGGUUUUAGCUAUGGAGGGGGUGCAGGCUUCUCUGGAGGUGAUGGCCUGGACCUCCAUGUUGGGGCCAAUGAGAAGGCCACCAUGCAGAACCUGAACGACCGUCUAGCUUCCUACCUCGAGAAGGUGCGCAGCCUUGAGAAGGCAAAUUCUGAGUUGGAGCUCAAGAUCCACCAGUUCUUGGAGAGUAAGACGGCCCCUAAUGCCCGUGACUACUCUGCUUACGAGGCCACCAUUGCUGACUUACAGAGAAAGAUACAGGAUGCCACCCGUGACAACGGCGGCAUCUAUCUGGCCAUUGACAAUGCAAAACUUGCAGCAGACGACUUCAGAACCAAGUAUGAGAAUGAGCUAGCCAUGCGGCAGUCAGUGGAGGCAGAUAUCGCUGGUCUAAAGAGACUGUUGGAUGAGCUGACACUGGCCAGAUCAGACCUGGAGAUGCAGAUAGAAGGUCUCAGGGAGGAGCUGAUCUACCUCAAGAAGAACCAUGAGGAGGAAUUGGCAGCCUUGAGGAACCAGAUGAGUGGACAAAUCAAUGUAGAUAUGGAAAUAAAGCCACAGGUAGACCUGGCCAGCAUUAUGGCUGACAUCCGUGAGCAGUAUGAGAAUGUGGCUAUAAAGAACCAGAAAGAACUUGAAAUCUGGUUCCAGGGAAAGACAGAGAUGCUAACCAAGGAGGUGGCAGCCAGCACAGAAAUUCUCCAAACGUCCCAGUCAGAGAUCACUGAGAUCCGUCGCACACUGCAGGGCCUGGAGAUCGAGCUACAGUCACAACUUAGCAUGAAAGCGGCCCUGGAAGGCACUUUAGCUGACACAGAGGCACGGUAUUCCAUGCAGCUCCAAGGCCUUCAAAUGCAGGUGACGGGCCUGGAAGAACAACUGAUGCAGCUGCGCAAUGACAUGGAACGCCAGGGCCAAGAGUACAAAAUGCUGCUCGACAUCAAGACACGGCUGGAGAUGGAAAUUGCAGAAUACAGGAGGCUGCUGGAUGGAGAGGGCAGUGUUGUUGUGCCCUCAAGAUCCUCCUCUUCAAAGAUGAUAGUGGUCACAGAGGAACUAAGGGAUGGCAAGGUGGUGUCCUCCUCUACCACUACCACCACUGCAUAACCUGUCAACGCAACAAGGGGGGCCCGCACCUGAGGACUGCAAGUUCAACAUCUGAAUCCAAAACUUCCUUCACAUACUCAUGUGAAU